CAGGCAGCUGAUCGGUGAGAGAGGAACCCGCAGCUCAACCUGCCCGGUCCGCCGCCCCCAGCAUAUCAGACCAAACGAGCCGCAUGUUCAUCACAAUUGCUGCUUGCACUCAGACAACGAGCCAACAUCCACUGCGCCGUUUUGCAUUCAAACGCCAGUCUUCUACGUUAGCAUUGUCCGAUUGCGACCGAAACACAAUCCCAGGACGUUUUUCUUCCGCGCGUCAGGAGAGUUGGAGAUCCGCAGGUAAAUUUGCAGUGCUGCUGCGACGCUCGGGCGACAUGCUGGGGAUCUGCGUGUGUCUUUGUGCGGUUUUCACACACGUCGUCUCUCAGGAGGCUGAGGAGCCGGUCUCAUACACAUGCACAGAAGGGUAUGAGUAUGACACAGUCAGAGAGCAGUGCAGAGACAUCGACGAGUGUGCCUUGUUAGACGGUGCAUGCAAAGGGGGGAUGCAGUGCAUCAACCACUUUGGUGGAUACCUCUGCCUCCCCAAGAACGCCGUCAUCUAUAUCAGUAAGGAGGGCGAGCAGGGGCCGCCGCCGGAAUCCAUCCCUCCCGUCCCGCCUGUCCCCGCUGUCCCCGCUGUCCCUGCUGCCCCCCCGAACCAGCCUCAGUUUCCGUGGUCCACAGGGGUCUCUCAACCGGUCCGGACCGUCUGUAUGCCUGGAUACACUGCAGAUGAGCAGAACCUCUGCAGAGACGUAGAUGAAUGUGCGACAGGUAGACACACCUGUGGCGCUGAACAGACGUGCUACAACACCGGAGGCUCCUACACCUGCCAGUGUCCUUCAGGCUUCCAGAAGAACGGAGACCGCUGUGUAGACAGAGACGAGUGCGCCCUGACUCACUACUGCAUGCACAGAUGUGUGAACACACAGGGCUCUUACUACUGUGAGUGCAACGCAGGUCACAAGUUGGCCAGCAACAACCACAGCUGUGUUGAUGUAAAUGAAUGUGAUGUGGAGAAUCCCUGUCAGCACCACUGCUACAACCUGAUUGGCUCCUUCCUCUGCCAGUGUGAACAGGGCUAUGAGCUGGCACAGGACACGGCCUCUUGUCAAGACGUUGAUGAAUGCAGCUUCUCCAGCUACAUGUGUCAGUAUCAGUGUAUUAACAGCCCAGGAAGUUACUCCUGUGAAUGUCCAGAAGGAUAUCAGCUCCAGGGAAGCAGGGUGUGUCAAGACGUAAACGAGUGUGAAACGGGGACCCAUAACUGCCAGGACGAUGAAAUGUGCUGGAACUAUUACGGAGGCUUCCGCUGCUAUCCCAAAAAUCCCUGUGAGGCGCCUUACACCAAAACCUCUGAAAAUCGCUGCCUCUGCCGGUCUCCGACAGAGUGCCAGGGUCUCACAUCGUCAAUUGUCUACAAGUACAUGAGCAUCCAGGCGGAGCGCACUGUACCAGCCGACAUCUUCCAGAUUCAGGCGACCAACAUGUAUGCCAACACACACAACACCUUCAGGGUCAAAGCUGGGAAUGAGGCGGGAGAAUUCCUUCUGCGGCGCUCCAGCAAUGUGAGUGCUAUGCUGGUGAUGACAAAACCUCUGACAGGCCCCAGGGAGUACGUCGUGGACCUGGAGAUGGUCACUCUCCAUUUGACUAUGAACUACCGCACCAACUCACUGCUCCGGCUCACCAUCAUAGUCGGGCCCUACGCCUUCUGAACGCCGAAAUACCCAGCAGCCCGCAUGAGUCUGGUUCAGCAAACAUAACAGUGCCAACACAGCAGAUGCCUGCACCAGCGUAACAUUUUGUACAUUUUCCUUCAAUGCAACAUAAACAUCCGCCAGACCAACACAGCAGUUCCACGUGGCGUGCUCAUGACAGCCCGGCCUGCCCUAUGAUGUGACCACUGGGCAUCUUUUUGGGAAUCCCACACUUGUUUUUGUUGAAACAUUGAAAUACUUUUAUAUUUAAAGUUUACAAUAUUUUUUAAUGUUAAGUACCUAAAGAAAAUAUACUAAAGAUAAUAGGAAUGCUGGGUGUAAGCAUUUUGCCUUUUGCUGCUUUUAUAGUAGAGAAAACAGCAGAAACAGAGCGGUGACACUAAGGAAAAGAGGCCCCGCGGACCCACAUCCAAACAGUAAUGGAUUUCUGAUGCAGCUGUAGCUUCAUUUAUCUUUUUCUUCCACACCAGCACUCCUGCCAAUAACCUGUGUAUGCAUCACUGAAGUACUCGGUUGUAAGAAAGAAACAAAAAAAUAAUAAUCAUAUUUUCUAUAUCCAGUAUGAGCAGCUUGUGAUACAAAAUAUUUGACUGAGAUUUGUUGAUAAAUAUUUGAAUCCUUCUGCGCCUCGCUGUUUUUGCUUAGACCUGUGUACUUUUAUUAUUCAUGAGUAAUAACUUCCAGAGAAGCACAAAACAGUGUAAAGGGAGAGUCAGCUGAUAGACCACCGGUCUACUUAAGAGUUAAGUCUUGUACAUACCGAGGUAAUCAAUCGGUGUUUGCGUGUCUGUGUGUGUGAUUGGAUGUGCGUGUGUGUGUGUGUGUGUGUGUGUGUGUGUGUGUGUGUGCGUGUGCCUAGCUUUGUUUACGCGUCCAAGCAAGAGAACGUGUGAAACACAGACUUGGGAGUAAGGGAACGAGUGAGAAAAGAGCUUGUCCCCUGUCCCCAGGUCUGAUGGAUGCGGUUGAGCUGUUUGUGUGUCUUUGUGAUGCCAUCCUCGAUGACCUCAGGGUCACCGAGGCAAUAACAGACUACCCAGAACACGCGCAGGAAAUGACGACUCUCGUUACACACCUUCGGCCAAAUAGCCGCUCACUGGUGCCGCAGCGAUUCUCCAGGGUAACAGCUGGGUUUACUCACGUCUGUCCCAGUCAAGAAGUCACACUGGCACCAGCCUGGCUUGCUGGAUACACAUAAUUACAGUGCUUUCACUCUGUAGCUGGUUUCAUGUGUGACACCGGGGAUUAUUAAAGCAUUAAUACCACACUUUUUGGCAGAAUGUGAAGUCUUUCUCCACCUGCUUGGCCUUUUCGUGACUCUGCGUGUCUGCUCUGGCUUUCUGCUGAAACGCUGUAGACACAGAGCACUGGAAAACUACGACAAAAAACAACAUAGUCGCCACAUCCGAGUGUAGAAAGUUGUCCAUCUUUUGUGUGGUUUCAGCAGCUACCAUGCGUAGUGCCUUAGAGGUAGACACAACUAAACAUGUAACUCUGUUAUUAUUUCGUGCUGUCAAGACUUCCUUCACGGAUAUACCUUUAUGUUUUUCCUUCUAUUUAAAAUAUAUAUUUUUGUCAUAUAUAUCUUAUAUUGUUUGUACUCUGAAGAGUUAUAUUGUUGAAUAAAAUAUGAUGGAUAUAUGGGG